AUGUCGCAAUCCCCUACUACAAAAAGAACUUCAUGGUUUACAAUGAUCAAAGAUACGUUUGCAAAUAGUUUUCAAAAAGGUGUAAAAAUUGUUGAUGUACUUUUGGCUUUCAAAGAUUUGAAUAAUAUUGUUCUACCGAGAUUAACUGAUACUACUCUUUAUCCUGAGCUUGAAUGGGAUGCGUCUGUGAGAGCUUCUAUUGAUAUAUGUGAACAAGAAUUAAAAUUUAUAAAAGAUAGAAAGCAAGUUAUCCGCGAAUCAUUUGCCAAAUAUGUUGGAGUUGAUGUUAGUGAAAUUCAUGAGGAGGAUAUUCCAGUAAUGGCAUUUAUGGGAAGUGGUGGAGGAUUUAGAGCUGUGAUUGGAGUUAAUCCGGGCUUUAUGAUUGUGGAAUGUACAUUGCAGAAUCCAAUUCAAACAUUAUUGGAAUUUUAUAGAACUAACCUUUCCACUAGUUUUAUGAAUGUUCUUGCUAUUUUACAAAGACUUGCUGAUACUUCUGAUCCAAGAAUUGCUGUUGGAUUAUCAUUUGGUUCGUUAAUUCAAAAAAAAGCUUCUGGGAUAGAAUUAUCAAUGAUGGAUAUUUUUGGUGCUUCAUUGGCAGCUAAACUUAUGAUCGGAACUGAUCCCACAAAUCAACUUGGGGAUUUUAAAUUAAGCGAACAACAAAAAUAUAUUGAAGGUGGAAAAGGUCCUAUGCCUCUUUAUGCUGUAGUUUCUCACAUUCGUCCAUGGAAAGAUAAUCUUGAACCAGAGGAGGCAUCAUUGAUUCCAAAUUAUGAUCAAGUUUGUGCAGCACAUAAAUUGAAGAAAGAUUAUUUUCAAUGGUAUGAGUUUAGUCCUUAUGAAGUUGGAUCUGAAGAACUUCCAGCAUGGAUUCCUUCUUGGGCAUUUGGUAGAAAAUUUAAAUCUGGAAAAACUGUUGAACGGUUUCCUGAACAAAACUUUGCUGUCUCAGUUGAACACCAUAUUAAAGAAAUUGGAACAUUCCUUCCCGAAGGAAAAAUUAAAGAAUAUUGUAAAUCUGUAUACGAAAAUGUACUAGUUGAAGGCUCUCAUCCCAUUUCACCUCCUCAUAAUCAUAAUUUCGCUCAUCGUGUUAAACCACCACCAUAUAAACUUGGUCAUACCAAUAAUGAAGUACUUGGUCUUCAAGAUGGUGGAUCAGUCAAUAAUUUUCCUAUGUAUCCAAUUUCUCAUCCAAAUCGAAAAAUUGAUGUAGUAAUUGGACUUGAUUGUUCAUCUAAUCCCGCUGAUCCUGAAAAUUUUGAAAUGGAACAAGAUAAAUUUUGUGCUCGCCGAGGAUUUAAUAGAAUUAUGCGAGAUGAAACUAACAAAUAUUGUGAAGUUUUUGAUUAUAUACCAACUGGUAAAACUGAUGAUGAAUAUUUAUCUCCAGCUCAAAAACAAUUCGUAUUUUGUUUAUUGAAAUAUUUACCCAACAAUAAAGUUGAUCCAACAUUUGAACCAGCUAUUGAUUUUUCCACUUUAUAUAAGUACGCUUAUUCAACUGAAGAUGUUGAUUUGUUGAUUAAAAUAGCAAAACAAAAUUGGAAGGAUGGUGAAAUAAAAGUUAAAGAAAUUAUAAUUGAUACUUGGAAGAAAAAGAAGGAAGCAAGAUUGAAUGGAACUGUUUUUCCAUAA